ACCCUUUCACGCAUGAGGGGUACAUUUGUUCCCGCAUAACUUUUCCAAUUUAUAAUAAUAUACUGGCUAAAUAAAAUCUUUUUUAGAUUUAUAAUUUUUAAUUUUUUAGUACUUUUUAAAGUUUUCACGGAACACCUUGACAUGUAAUGAUAAAAGAUGGCGAGAAAUUCGAAUUUGAGGUUAUGAGUAACGAAUGUGAACUGGCAUGAAAGUAAACAAAUAGAAAAAUUUAAUACAAAAUAUAAACUAAUUAAUUUACUUGUAAUAAUUUGAAAUAAUUAUAGUUUAUUAAUAAACAUAUAUUUAAAAAAUGGAUGAUUUAUUUGGUAAAGAUGAUUCUGGUAAUGACAGUGAUGUAACUGAUGAAAAAAGUAAUAAUUUAAGUGGCGAUAAAUUAGAUGACUCUAUUGAAAUAGAAGAACAUGAUAUAAAGCCUGAAAUAGAUACGUCGUUACUUUCAUCAUCACCAACGAACUCGCCGAUUAAAAAUAAUGACUGUAAUUUAAAUUCAAUUGCUUCUCCGAUUGAUAAAAAUACAAGUGGAAGUAAUGACAAAAAUGAAAUUAUGAAUAUAGAUCAUAUUGAUUAUCUAAGCACAAGUACUGGUACAAAUGCAAGUACUAGCGCGAGUACUAUUUCUACUAUAACUAAUAAAAAUAACAACAACAACAAUAAUGAUGAUGAUAUAAUGACGAUCGGUAAUAAUAAAGAAGAUGAUUUAUUUACAAAUUCAAUUGUUUUACCGCAACAACAAUUACGUCCGAUGGAUAUUGGAGAACGACGAGAGAGUAAAGAAAAAAAUAAACGUGAGUUAGAAGAAGAAGAACGUGAAAAAAUGCAAGUAUUAGUAUCUAACUUUACAGAAGCACAGUUAGAUCGUUAUGAAAUGUUUCGUCGUGCUGCAUUUCCUAAAGCUGCUAUUAAAAGGAUAAUGCAAACAAUAACCGGUUGUUCUGUAUCACAAAAUGUUGUUAUUGCAAUGUCAGGUAUCGCUAAAGUAUUUGUUGGUGAAAUUGUUGAGAAAGCACUAGAUGUAAUGGAAGAAUAUAAUGACAGUGGUCCUGUUCAACCGAAACAUUUACGAGAAGCUGUACGUCAACUUCGCUUACAAGGACAAAUUCCUAUUGGACGUUCCCGCAAAACAUUUUUUAGACUUUAAUUUAUGUAUAAAUAAUUAUUUAGUAAUUUAUAUAUUUUUUAAUUUGUUUAUUAAUUUAUAUUUACAGUAAACUCGGAAUCUUUUUUAUAA